AGGUACAAUUUCGAUAAAUAACCAAGAUAAAAAAACAGCUGGGAAACACGUACAGUAAAAUGAGUCUUGGAGUUCGCUGUUCUCACCGUCGCCUGAAGCUGGUGGGUCAGGUUGUCGUCGUUGUCGUCUGUCUGAACAUCCUGCUGUUGGUGCUCUCCUUCAACUGGAAGAUACUCAACAGUUCUCCGUACAUGAAUUACCUGCCCUUUGACGGGUCUGUGGUCAAUCAUGCCGUACCCAAGGAAACAGCGCUGCCGAAAUUUGAAAACGAGAAUGAGUUGAGGAUCCCGACUGCAAGUUCACACUUACAGCGGCAUCCGGUGCUACAUCCGGUAAACAAAGACUACGUCCAGAAAACGGCGUGUAGUUAUCGGACCACAGCUUAUCUUUUCGACAAACCGAUUGUUCUAGACGAACCCCCUUUUAUGGUCUACACUAAGCUGAUGGCGUGCUACGAGGAAGGGAACAUCGCAGAUUUCGGCGGCAAGUUCGCCAUGUUCAUCAACGCUAUCAUCAACCCGAAACAGUUUGAGAACCUCCAGAAGGGGGGAGAAAACAUUGAAGACGUCUGGAACCAGGACGAGAAAGACGAGUACUUCCGGCUCCUCCCCGGGUUCUUCCGUGUACCGUGCACGUCUAAACCGGUGAUUGAGUUUGAGCCACCCGACCACCUGGUCCACUGGAUGGAGAUGCUGGCCUGCUAUAAAACCAACGAGACCGACCUGCUGCGUUUCCCCAAAGUUUCCAGCGUCACCCUGGCCGUACAGCGCUACGAGUACGUCAACCUUUACCACACCAUGACAGAUUUCUACAACGCCUUUGUCCUCAUGUUGAUCUUCGGCGUGGCGCCCUCGAAGCUGAACAUUCUGUUUGUUGACGCCCACCCUGUGGGCACCCUUGACGACGUGUGGUCGACACUUUUCGGGCGGUACAUCAGAGCCGGGCGGUUAGAAAGUCCAACUUUGUUUACAAACCUUCUCUGGGCACAGCUUGGGUACUUCAGCCCUUUAAACUCUCACUACUUAAGUACCGUUCCGUAUCUAACAGAAUUUAGAGACUUUUUCUUAACCAAGCAUAACAUCUCAACGUCCCACUCAAUACAUUGUGACAGACUUAACGUCGUUAUCAUAUGGCGACGUGACUACGUCGCCCACCCUAGAAACAAAAACGGCAACGUCGUGAGGAAGUUUGACAACGAGGAGGAAAUACUUCAACAGGUGCGAGCUACACUGGGUCCUACAGCCAACGUCCACGGGCAUCAACUGGACGCGCUGCCCAUGCGGGAACAGCUCUCCAUCAUCGCAGGCUGCGACAUCCUCAUCGGCAUGCACGGUGCUGGCCUCUCCCAUAUCUUGUUCCUCCCGCCCUCCAGCGGGGUCAUCGAACUCAAACCUUCGUACACGGAUUCUGCCCUCAAUCAUUUUGGAGCGUUUUCAAGAUGGCGGAACUUGACGUACACAAACUGGGACAACAGUGACACGAGUAACGAAAGGGACUCGUUCAAAACAUACAUUCCCCGGUCGGUGAUAGACGAACGGGUAAAACGUGUUUACAGCCAAAUUUGUAAAACAUAAUAGUUGAAUUGAUAUGUGUUAUUUUACCAUUUAAAAACAGUUUAGUAAUGUUUAUUAGGCUAAGGUCGACAUAAUUUUAUUUUGAAGUGAAAAUGUUGAAGAUAAUUUUUAAAAUCCAGGAUAUGAAGUUAAAGCGGACAGAACCACUGAAGGGAAACAAUCAAGAAUUUGUUUUAGACUAUGCUUGAUACUUUUAUAAUUUUAUUUCUGAAUGAAAAAUGUAUGUUACCAAGAUUGUUUCAUUCCACACAGUUGCCAUAUUUCUCCAAUAAUUUUGUGUGUGUAAAUACAUUUUUUAUGUUUGAAAAUGUCAGACAUAUUUUAUGUCUGUUUCUCUUAUAGGCUGCAAUCAAUAUUUCAACAAGUGUAAUGGUUUAUUGGCCUUUUGUUUUGUAGACUAUAUAUUUAUUAUUGUUGCCAUUUUUAGUGUGAUAAUUGUUGCUUUAUACAAAUUGAUGUGUUUUGAGGGUUUUCUGAGGUGCGUUAUUUUAAAUUCUAUGCUUUAUACUUGUAGGCAUUUUCUCAUUACUUUUCAUAAUUUGUUGAAUAUGUGUGUUGGAUAUGUGUGUUAAAUAUGUGUGUUAAAGAUAUGUGUGUAAAAGAUGUGUGUAAAAGAUGUGUGUUAAAGAAAUGUGUGUUAGAGAUAUGUGUGUUAAAGAUAUGUGUGUUAAACAUAUAUGUGUUAAAGAUAUGUGUGUUAAAGAUAUGUGUGUUAAAGAUAUGUGUGUUAAAGAUAUGUGUGUUAAAGAUAUGUGUGUUAAAGAUAUGUGUGUUAAACAUAUAUGUGUUAAAGAUAUGUAUGAUAAAGAUAUGUG